CGCUUGGAGACUUUUGAGCUAGGCAGUUCUUAUCACACAUCAAAAGGAAAAUGAAAUUUCUGUUGAAGCUUUCCAUCGCACUUUUCCUAAUUAGCCUUGUGCACUGCGAAAGGGAUCCCAUAUGCAAUGAAAUCCCUAUAGUCGAAGGCAACUGUGAGAGGCUGGUAAGGGGUUUCAAGUAUACACCGCAAAAAGGGGCAUGCACCCGUCAAGUUCUGCAUGGCUGUAGUGUCACUGGAAACUUCUUUAAGACACGCGUGGAAUGCCAGGACAAAUGCCUGGAUGACCCCUGGACCAAUUGGACGCAGCAAGCCAACAGAAUCAUGUCCCAGAUUCAGGACUUCUUUACUGGACUUUUUAGAUUCUGGCCCGGUUCAGAAUAAAUUCAUAUGUUUAUUUCCCUAUUAAAACUAUAUUGGUUGGCCCUAUUUUUGGCAAAUAAAGAGUACAGAAUUUGUAAA